AUGGUGAAUAAGGAAGAGAUAAAGAAAGGUAUUGAAGAAAAGAUUGAAAAAGUGGAGGAGAUUGAAGUGAAAAGAAAAGUUAAAGAAGAAAAAAGUGCUAAAGAAGAGGCAAAAGUUGAUAAAAUUGGUGAGUUAACAAUUUCAGGGAUACAGCUGAAUGGAGCCCUUCAUUGGCUUUGUUUGGACGAAGGAGGGAAUCCAUUAGAGAUUGUUGUUUUUAGUUUGGAGGAUGAGAAAGUGUGGAAGAUUCCCAUGCCUACUUCCUUCACUGAUGAUGAUGACGCAUUCGAAGUAGGGGUGUUUGAUGGAUGCCUUUGUAUAGUACCACUUGAUGAUGUACUCUGGGUUAUGAAGGAGUAUGGGGUGAAACAGUCUUGGACUAAACUUGAACUUGGAAUCCCAUUUCUGCAUACCAUCAAGCCAUUGGCUUUGUUGAGGAAUGAUGAAGCUCUGUUGUUGAUAGACUUCACAAAGUUUGUUUUAUACAAUACAAGAGAGGGAACAUAUAGGGAUCUUGUCACAGAUGAUGUGGAAUGUUUUGACGUAGAGAUCUAUGUAGAUAGUCUCGUAUCACCGUAG